AUGAAGGCGGAACUGGAGAAGGGGUUUGACAGUUCGAAGGCGCAUCCCCAGGCCCUGGUUCGCAACAGGUUUGCCCUUAUGUUCUGGGAAAUGGUGAAGUUCGUCACAGCACGGCAGUGGACCAUCACCCUCCGUGACAAGGCCCUGUUUCUUGGCCGGGUGAUGCAGGUGGUGAUAAUCGGGCUCCUGAUUGGCUCAUUGUACUUUGACCUGGACAAGUCCCUUGAAGACUCGCGACCUUUCAUGUCUGUGUCAUUUCUGGGAGUGAUGUUCUUGGCGAUGACAGCGCAGCCAGAGGGCAUGGAGACCCUGGCAUCCAAGCCCGUUUUCUUCAAACAGGCUGACAACAACUUCUGCUCAGCGACUUCAUAUGCAUGGGCAAUGUCCUUGACUGCUGUUCCAACAGCGUUCUGUGACACUGUCGCCUACAGCAUCGUUACAUACUUCAUGGUCGGAUACACAACAG